GACCACAACAAAUGACGGUGUUGAAAAUGCAAUUGCCAGCGCAGCCGCAGCGAUUGCAAGCAGCCAAAGAAAAACAGGUGAACUCGUUGGAAGCCAGGAAUGUCCUUCAAGGAUGUGCGAGAUCUGGGGGAACAUCUUAAGCUGUUGGGGUUCCCGCGCGUGUUUCCCCUCCAAUCCCUGGCCAAUCAGCAUGGCAGCCUGGCCAGUUUCCACAUUGUUGCCGAGCUCCUUCAAUGGCUAGCAGGACUAAUAGAGCCAGGAGCCACUUUGCCCGGCGGCGUUGAAUCGGAGGAGCAGCGGGUUCUUCUCGUCCGUUCGGCGACCGAGUUUUUUGUGACCAAGGCAGCCAUUCGUAUUAAUCCCCGAAAACUGUAUGCAGCCGCUGCGGUUACGGCGGCAGAGCUACAGAAGGUUACCCGACUCUUGACAUCCCCAGGACAAAACGAAGCGGACAACGACGAAGAGGACCAAAGGGACCAGUACCGGAGCCUAAAUCCCGUGGAUAUUGGCGAUAAAAUAGAGGAGUUGCGUAAGGCUCGAGAACUGGCCACAGACCUAACCCAGCGUGGCACAACCAUAUGCGAGAUGCUUUCGAAGGAACUGCUCCACAAGGAAUCGCUAAUGUCCCAGGCCCAACGACCCCUGGAGCUGCUCAGCGUGGAGCGGACCCUGAAGAGCGCCAUCCAAGCUAACCAAGUUCGCCUCCAAUCGAGUAGAGCCCAACUGGAAGCAGCCAAGGUGGAGCUCAAUGCUCUGGGAUCAAAGCUGCAGCGCCGUCGGGCGGAGCUCGAGCGAACCCGCCAAAGACUGGAGGCACUGCAUCGCAUUCGACCAGCGCACAUGGCCGAAUUCGAGGACUGUGAGAAGGAGUUGCAGGAGCUAUUCCAGCGCUACUUUCUCAGGCUGCAUGUGCGCGAUGCUCUAAAGUCCCAGCUGGACCUGCGUACUAAACGUGCCACACCUAUCUCCUCACCCAUUCUGCAAAAGCCCGCCGAGAACUCAAUGCCCUUCAUCCCGGAGGGACUCAUCGAGGACGACGAUGACGACGACGACGAGGACGAUCUGGAUGACGAGGAUGAGGGCGAUGAUGGCGGCAAAGCACUUUCCCGUCUCGAAAUGGUGGUCAAUGGCAGGAGUGUCUUCGGCCUGGACUCAGAGAUACCCGACAUACGGGACGAGGACAAACUAAUGCAACAAAACAACAUGGUUUCCGCCCAGGGAAAACGUCCUGGUACCGCCACCUCCAGGAUUAGACCCACAACGGGUAGAAGCAGGAAGGCAGUAGGAGGAAGAGGCACAGCCGGCCCGGAUGGUGGUAAUGAUGCCAGGGCAGCCCGCGGCACCAGGAGAGGUGUUGCGACUGGAGGAGACGCCGAUGGCACCCAGCUAAACGGCCGCAACGGACCCGGCAGCAGUAUGCUCAACUCCCGGGACGAAGACAGCAGCUUCGGGAGCUCCGAAAGCGAACUGGAUGUGGGUAAAAUCAUGGGCAUGAGCGGAAUGAGCGGAAUGAGUGGCAUGAGCGCUAUCAGCGGGAUAAGUGGGAUGAGCAAUAUUGCCUUGGGAGCCGGCGAUGAUGAUUUUGAUCUGAACUCGAUCGAUGACAUAAGCAUUUCAAAGUUAACUGGCGAACUGCCACUUAGACCGAAGACCGCCAAUAAAGCGGAGCAUCACAGCGAUGAGGAUUUCUAGGGAUAACUACAAUAUUUAUAUUUAUUUGCUAAUUUUAUAAACUCAGCCAGAGGGCAGACAGGUU